AUGAACAUCGAUUCAUUCGAACAACUGACAACCCGAAUCGAACCUCUACGAUUAAAAAGAUGUGGAUCAAGUCCGGUUUUCACAAUCUUCGUCGUUUACGCGCCGACAUCAAACUAUGGCAGCAAAGAGCUCGAAGCGUUCUAUGUGGACUUGAAGAAGUUCUACAGCGAAGACCAUACAUUUUUCAAAGUCAUCAUUGCAGAUAUUAUUGCCAAGAUUGGACCAAUACGAACCUUACUAUAG